AUAGGAAUAGCGGACCAAAGUGUAAAAAAAUGAACAUAAGGUGGAAAAACAUCCCAAAUCCAAAGUAGAGGUGUUUCCACAAAUGCAAUUCGAAUUGCAAAAAUCGAAAUUACUGAUUUGUGUAAUUUGACAAAUGGGAAUAUCUUGCUUGUGUUCAACUCUCUGUAGAUUUCCAGUAGAUUAUCCAGAGUGGUUGGUCAGCCAAACCCAUGGCUAUGGCUGCUUACUCAGUGGUCGCAAACCACUUCAAGCAGUUGCCACAAGUACUGUCAUUGUCGAUGUUUCUCAGGAAGGACGGAAAUACGUUACUGCUACGGAGUUGCGGAAGCCAAUAACUGCGGCGAUACUGGCGGCAGCUGCAGCAUGUGCUGUGAUUGUGGCGGUGAAUGGGGCGGAGGCGUUGGCGGUGCCGGCGCAGAUUGAAACGCAACAGGAGGUACUUGGGGAGACAUUUUCGAAUGUACCGCAAACGUUAUCCGGCGAUUGUGUUGAUAGUCAGAAGAAUUGCAAGAAGGCGAGGAUUCAAAGACCUAAGUCAAGGCAAGCAGAGACUUGCACGGUCAAAUGUGUCAAUACUUGUAUUCGUGGUGGCAGUGGAUCUCCUGGUGAAGGUCCUCUUAACGUAAGAAGGCCUUUGGUGGUGUUUAAGCAAGGGUUUCGCAGUCGCCAAUACUGGAGCAUAUUUCCACGUGUUUGGGCAUGAGAACGAAUCAAACCCACACGUGAGGAGUUUGGUGGAAUGCUCUGAUAUAUGUAAUUUGAUGAAAGAUGGUGAAGAUGGACCGUAGGAUGUACAUUUACUAAUCUUAAUUUUAGGUUAAAUUCUUUAUCUGAGCCUACAAAAUUCCCUGGUGCUCUUUCUUAUAAUAAAAGCUUUGAUUGGGUUGUAUAUUAUCUAUCCAGAAAAUUUGACAGGCUUUAUGUAUAUAUACCUACUUUUUCUUCCACCUUCCCAA